AUGUCCUCACAACAACCGUUUCCCGGAUCUGGUCCACCACAAUUUCAGUCCUCACAACAACAAGGUUUCUCCAACCAACCUUCACAACAACAAAUGUCCUCAACACCACAAUCUUUCAAUCAGUUUCCACAAGGACAGCAACAAUACUUCCAGCAGGUUAAUCAAGGUCAAUAUUCACAAAAGCAGCAACCACACACGUAUCAACAACAGCAACAAAUGAGAAGCGUUUCAAACCAACAACAGACAAGCGCUUUACCUCAUGAACAAGUCAUUUAUGUAGAGCAACCUCCUCCUCCUUCUGUGAUGGUAAUGAAUCCGAAUCAGAAUCAAAAUCCGGGAAUUGUUAACAUUUCUUCUCAUACACCC